GUAGAGCAUCCAGAGUGAGUAAUAGCCGUAGAAGAAAAGCUGCAGGGUCUUGCGAGAUAUAAACAAAGUACAAUAAGUCGAGUAUCUGGUUAUUUAACUUCCUUACUGGUGUCUGCUUAUGAAUUUAUGCUAUGGACAUCCACUUGGGCCGAAUAGAUCCAGCCAGGUCGCUGACGCAGAUUGACUAGAAGUGAGCGGCUCAUGUUAGCAUCUCAGCUAGCUAGUUAGCUCGCCGUUGUCAGGCAACGGCGACAAACAGUAGUGUUAGCUUAGCCACCGUACUAACGCUAGCCUAUUCAGUCGGCCCCUCUUGUCCUUCGCAAGGUUCAUCUUUAGUCGCCAUGGCGGACGACAGUCGCCGCGGGGAAGAGGACGAACGCGGCCCCGGAGCGCCUCACCAGGUGUUUGUGCUCAUGGAGGCUUUGCUGGAGAAACUAAAAGUGUUGAACUACGAAGAGGAGCUCCUGUCCAAACACAACAUGAAGAAUCUGUCCAGACAUUACUUUGUGUCCAGUCGGUACUUGGCGUCCAAUCCUGGCGAGCAGUUCUACAUGUUCACCAUCAUGGCGGCCUGGCUCAUCAACGCGUGUGGGAGGUCCUUCGCCAUACCUCAAGAAGAUGACGAGCCCACCGCCAUUGUGUCCAACAUCCUGGCAGAGCUGCGUUCUUUUCAGGAGCUGAAGGUGGACUUCCCGCCCUCUAAACUGAAGUCGGGUUCGGGCGAGCACGUCUGCUUUGUGCUGGACAGACUCGCUGAUGAGGCCCUCAGGAGGCGGGGCUUCUCUUUUAAAAGGCCAAACUACCCGACUGAAAACGCAGAAGAAGAGUCGAUGAUGGAGGAUGACACAGAGCUGGCUUUUAACAAAGUGGAGGAGAUGAUGGAGGAGCCUGAUGAAGACGAGGUCAACCUGGUGGACUUGGAGGCACUGACCCUUCAGAGCAGUCGCACUGAAGCGGCCGCGGCGCUGGCUAAACCCGACAACAUCCUGCAGUCCACGGUGGACGCGGCCGAGUGGAAUCUGGAAGUGGAACGAGUCCUGCCACUUCUUAAAGUCACCAUCAGAACCGACAACAAGGACUGGAGAAUCCAUGUGGACCAGAUGCACCAGCACCAGGAUGGGAUCCAGUCCUCACUCCAAGAGGCCAAGUCCUAUCUGGACAAAGUUCAGGUGGACAUCAGUAAGACACUGGAGAAGGUAUCCAGUCGAGAGAAGUACAUCAACAAGCAGCUGGAAGACGUCAUCAGCGAGUACCGCGGUGCUCAGGCCAAACUAAGUGAGGUCCGAGAGCGCUACCAGCUUGCCAGCGGGGGUGUGGCCCAGAGGACCCGGGUCCUGGCUGAGAUGAGUGAGGAGCUGGAGAAAGUGAAACAGGAGAUGGAGGAGAGAGGAAGCAGCAUGUCUGAUGGAGCAGCGGUGGUGAAGAUCAAGCAGAGCUUGAGCAAACUGAAGCAGGAGAUCGUGAGGAUGGACGUGCGGGUGGGAGUGGUGGAGCACAUGUUGCUGCAAGCCAAACUCAAGGAGAAGUCCAACAUGAACAUGGACAUGCACGCUGCCAAUAUGGCCGCUACGGCAGCGUUCAUCUGAGUCCACUUCAACUGCGAGUACUUUUUCAGAAACCUGCAGUCCAGUCAGUUUCAAGCAUCAAUGUUCACAUCAUUGUGUGGUUAAUUUUGAUACAACAUUUAUUGGUACCUGUGUGUGUGUAUUUGGGAUCUGCAUGAGUCCCAAAAAUUUGAAAUGAAAGAGGGACAAGCGGUAGAAAAUGGAUGGAUGGAUGGAUGGAUAAACCAUGGAGGCAUGGCAGAUAUAUUUAUAAAACAAUUGUGCCUUCCUUCAUACUUCCUUCAAAUGAGCUGUUUGGAAUGUACCCAAUUUGUGACAUUUUCCCAUUGGUGGUGUCCGCGGAUAUCUCCAUAUAUGGUAGAGAUUUACCUAAAGGGCUUUGCACGAGUCCACUAUUAUAGUCCGACGUUGUUGUCAGUAAGUUCCUUUUUUUUCUGUUGCCAUUUCUAAUCAAAAGUAGCGUAUAGUUCUAACUUACAUAUGUCAGUAGACUCGAUGUGGAAGUGCUAAAAACUCCAACAUGGCUGACAGGGAGAUGACGCAGCUGAAGUGGAGCCACGUAAAUAAGACCCCCCCCCCGCCCACAAAACGACACAUACCAAGGAGACCUCAGAAAGCGGCUUGAAGAUGGUCUGUAAAACAUAAUCUUUGCAAAAUUUUGAACAAAGAGCCACCUUUACAUGUUAUGUAGACCACAAUAAAUGUAGAAAAACAAAUCA